AUGUUUCUAUUUUCAUUAACAAUGGCAUAUGUAGCCAAAUCACUAUCAGGAACUUACAUGAAUUCUAUGCUCACACAAAUAGAGAGACAAUUUGAUAUCUCCACAUCUGUAGUUGGAUUGAUCAAUGGGAGCUUUGAGAUUGGAAACCUUUUGUUGAUUAUAUUCAUGAGUUAUUUCGGAACAAAACGGCACAGGCCUCUCAUGAUUGGUGUCGGAUGUGUGGUUAUGGGCCUAGGGUGUUUCUUAAUGUCACUACCUCAUUUCCUGAUGGGCCGAUAUGAAUAUGAGAAAACAAUUAAACCUGCAAGCAACUUGUCCUCAAACAGCUUCUUGUGUUCAGGAAACAGAACCCAGACUUUAAUGCCAACGCAUGACCCAAAAGAGUGCAUAAAAGAAAUUAAAUCCUCAAUGUGGGUAUACGUAAUGGUAGGAAAUGUUAUCCGUGGAACUGGUGAAACUCCUAUCAUGCCAUUGGGUAUUUCCUACAUAGAAGAUUUUGCCAAAUCAGAAAACUCCCCUUUAUACAUUGGGAUUUUAAAAAUUGGAGUGGUCAUUGGUCCCUUGAUUGGACUUAUGUUGGCAACCUUCUGUGCAAAUAUUUAUGUGGACUCUUGGUCUGUGAAUACAGAUGACCUGACCAUAACGCCCACUGACACACGCUGGGUCGGUGCUUGGUGGGUCGGCUUUUUGAUCUGUGCUGGAGUGAAUGUCCUGACCAGCAUCCCCUUUUUCUUUUUUCCCAAAACACUCCCAAAGGAAGGACAAGAGGAUAAUGUGGAUGUGACUAAAAGUGACAAAGAAGUGAAACACCGAGGAAAAGCCAAGGAGGAAAAACAUGGAAUCACUAAAGAUUUCUUGCCAUUCAUGAAGAGCCUCUUCUGCAAUUCGAUUUACAUGCUUUUCAUCCUCCUAAGUGUGCUCCACCUCAACGCAAUUGUCAUUAUUGUUACCUUCAUGCCUAAAUACCUGGAACAGCAGUAUGGAAAAUCUACUGCAGAGAUUGUCUUUCUCAUAGGUCUUUAUACCUUACCUCCAAUAUUUGUUGGAUAUGUAAUUGGUGGCCUGAUUAUGAAGAAGUUCAAGACUUCUAUGAAGAAAGCGGCAUACAUAGCUUUCUGCCUAUCCCUGACUGAAUUCCUUCUAUCUUUCUUCUACUUCUUAAUGACCUGUGAUAAUUUUCCAGUUGCUGGUUUAACUACCUCUUAUGAUGGAAUCCAGCAGCCUUUGUAUGUGGAGAAUAUAGUCCUUGAUGACUGCAACACAAGGUGUAACUGCUUAACUAAAACAUGGGACCCAGUGUGUGGAGACAAUGGCCUAGCAUACAUGUCAGCCUGCCUUGCAGGCUGUGAGAAGUCUGUUGGAACAGGAAUCAACAUGGUGUUUCAAAACUGCAGCUGCAUUGGGUCUUCAGGAAACUCAUCUGCAGUCCUUGGGCUGUGUAAAAAAGGCCCUGACUGUACUAUCAAGCUGCAGUACUUUUUCAUAUUGGUACUAAUUACCAGUCUCAUCUACUCCCUAGCAGUCAUUCCUGGGUAUAUGGUUUUACUGAGGAACAUUUACAUUGGCGUGCCUGCAGCACUAAGAGGAUUGAGCUAUCUCCCAGCGUUCUUCAUUCUAAAACUCAUGAGGAAGCGCCAACUUCCUGGGGAAACUGACUCUUCAGAAACUGAACUUGCAGAGACAAAGCUCACAGAGAAGAAAACUGAGUGUGUGGAUGUGCACAGAAGUCCCGAGGUUGAGAAUGACAGAGAACUGAAAACUAAGCUGUAA